AUGGAAGCGCCGCCGCCGCCGUGCUCCAAGAAGAGCCUGUCGCUCUCGCUGCCGGUGCCGCGGGAGGGCCAGGCCACCCUCAAGCCCCCGCAGCACCUCUGGCGCCAGCCGCGGACCCCCAUCAAGAUCCAGCAGCGCGGCUACUCCGACACCGAGCGGCCCCCGCACCGCCCCAUCGAGCGCGCCGACGCCGUCGACACCAGCGACCGGCCGGGCCUCCGGAAGUCGCGCAUGUCCUGGCCCUCCUCCUUCCACGGCACCACCAGCGCCAGCAGCGCCAAGCG